AUACGACCUAUUAAAUGUUUACUUAAAUAUACAUCAACAGCAUAUAUUGAUUAUUAAUUAUUAAUUGAUUCAUUGGAUUAAUAGUAUUGAUAAUUAUCGAGUAAGAAAACGAUUCUAACAGUAUUAAGUAUGUUUUGUUGUUGUUGUUGUUAAAUUUUAGUGAGAAUUCCUUGCUGUACAUCAUGAUUAAAUAGAAAAAUUUCAAGUUAUUGAACUUUCACAAGAAUUAACAACAAUAUGAACACAUUUAACUGUUGUUUUUCUUCGAUUAUCUUUAAUAUAUGUGAAAAACACUCGAUAUGAAAACAUAUUGCACUUAUUCAAUUAGGUAAUAUUCAAAGUUUGUUUGAUAUUAAACAAUUAUCAUUAACAAUUGAUGGUAAAAUUAUUGACUGUUUUUGUUUUUUUAUGGAACUCACAUUACGUUUUCCUUUUCGAAGAAAAAUAGAAUGAAUGUAAGUUUUAGAGAUAUGCGGGACGAAAGUUUAGAAGUUUGCCGGAUUUGUAGUCAUAAUAUUUUCAUUAGAAUUUAUUUCACAUUUCUCAUAGCAUCUUGAUAGUGAUUGUUUAGGAAUGCGAUCAUUAUAGACUUUUACUUUAAGAGUAGCAACUGGAUGUGGCCAAGCAUUACGGAAUUUCAUUUAUUCACCUUCUUCAACCUAUAUCUCCAUAGCGACAAGAGUAAACGCGACGAAAUCUUUAUCGUGAAUAGAAAUCAUCAAGAUCUUACAUAAGUUAAAAAUUUAUUGAUUUCCGUUGAAUCAGAGAUGAGUUAUUCACACAAUACCGACCCUUACGGAAUUUCGUCUUUUUUCGAAAGGUGGCAGUUUCUUUAAGAGUAAAAGCAAUUAGAUAUUCGUUUUCAGCGUGAAAUUCUACAUCAAAUGAACUAUAUUUCCCUAAAACCUGAGGAAAAAAAUUUUCAACCUUUUUCCGAUACGAGAAACUUUCGAGGAAAAUCAAAGUUGAAGUUUUGGAAAAUUAAACCAGACCAUUUUGUUCAGAAUACAAUGCUGAUUCCAGAUAUAUACAAAUAUAUUUAUGUUUAUGAAGAUGAAAAGCACUGAACAUUGAAUAAUGUAGAAAUACCGCAAUUUUCUUAGUGUAUUCGAUAGAGCCCAGUGAGUACUCUCUGCCUGUCUCGUUUUUAUUUCGAAAGCUGUCAAUAUAUGCAAGAAAAAUAACUUAUGAGCCAAUUUCGUUUCGAAAUUUCAUUAAAAAUGCAGAUGGUUUGUGAGUGCAUUAUCUUGCUUCAGACACUAUUCGAACGUUGUGUUAAGAGGAUAUUCGAAAAGAGCAAAGUUUUUUCUGCUGAUCAUAAUAAAAUUCGUUCUUAUUCCACACAUUCGUUGAUACUUUUGACAACAUAUUAUACACUAUGGGUCGAUCAAUUGUUUCAGAAGAGAAUCACUCAAAACACAAAAGACGCUAGUAUUGGGCAGCAAGCAGAUGCCCAAGAGCUAGCAACAUCUGUUUUAAAGAUUAUCGAUAAUGACCUUUCAACUUGCAUAUUAGGUUUCUUUUACAUUUCAUUUUGGAUCCUCUACAUCAGAGGAUGACCGUUAGCUAGACAUCACUAACUAUGAAACCAGAUCUGUACUCAACGAGCAGUACCCAGAACUAUGAGAAAAAUUUAUAAUCUAGUAGAAAUUUUUCACUUCAGGUAUUUUCUAUGAGUAUAAUGAUACUAAAGAAUACAUGUGAGUUCUACAGUGUACUGCUCAACGAACUGCACUGACACAAUCUCUAUUUUUAUUUAAAUAAAAUUUUUCUAAUUAAAGAAACAGAACAAUUUGGAAUACUUCGUUCAAUUGAUGGCCACAGUCAUAUCUACGUUAUCAUCGAUUUGAACAUUAUCGAAUAGUACUCAUCAUUAUGGAAAUAAUAAAACUGAUGAACUUUACCAGUUAGCUAAAUCGAUUUUCGUAAUGUAUAAUUUUUAUUUUAGUCUUCACUUAUUCAAACAUCACUUGAAAAUUCAGACAUUGAUUCAGAUUUACAUUCAAUUAGUCGUCUAAAUUUAUUAGAUUUAGCAUUUAAACGGUUUGAAAAUUUUCCUUUUUUUAAAUUAAUUAAUAUUGAAUAA